CAAACGUAACAGUUUAUUUGUUAUUAUACCGACCAAUUAUCUACUGAUAGAAACAACAUAAUUAAUUAUUUACUUGCAUUUUUAAACAAAUAACCAAACUAUGUAACGCUAUAAAAAAAUGUAUAUUAACACUGACGUGAAAAAUGAGCACUGCGUAGUAUAGUUAGUAUAUAUACCUACCUAUUUAUUAUAUGUGGUGAGUGCACAAUGCACAUUAAAGUCAUAACAUAGUAUGUUGUAUAAAUUAAAGGAGAAUUGUUAUAACAUCUUUUAACUGCAUAUAAAUAGCAUAAUAUUUAGAACUUGAACUGAUAAUCGUUUAUUAAAUAUUAUAUAGGUACCUACCUAAAUGAUGUAAAAAAAAAUCUCACCGACAUGUAUCUAUAAAAUGUUUAUUAAUCUGCUGUACGUCAUAUAUAAUAUUAUACAUGUGGUAAUAGCACUACGUGACACCACUAUUACCUCGAAUGUAUGGUAUGACUUUAUUGACUUUUUUCACCUUCGUCUUCGCAAUAGUGCUUUUAGUCACCUGCGUCUACAAUUUCGUCAUGUCUCCGUUGGUCCUGUGCCUGUUGGACGGCGAUUGUGCUGGGGUGUCGUUCACCUCAGUGCAAGGUAUGUACUCCAGAAUGAUAGCCGUGGCCUGUUUCCUGUCCUUUUCCACGUUGCUGUGCAAGUACCGUACAAUGAUGCCGGUUUACGAGAAAAACAUCGAAGCCUAUGAGGUGUACUCGCCAACGACCGACACCGAACACCGUAAUCGUUCACUGUUCAAUUUGUUUCUUACUGUCUUGUAUCUGUCCGUUAUACUGCCCAUCAACGUACUAAGGCUGUUUUUACUGAACAGAAGCGAGUCGGGUACAGUGAUUUUGAUAUUUUUCGUGUUCAUGUACCUGGAAAACAUAGGAAUGUCCAUGACAGAAACGGAUUUCAUAAUCAAGUGUCGCACGCUGUACAACAAGUUUUUCAAAAUCAAUCGGGACCUGGAACAUCUAGGUCGGGAAAUCGCGCACACGUCGAUGACCAUCGUAGAAAAGACGGUUGCCGUCGGACACCGAGUCGUCUACGACGGAGACUUUUACGGGUCCAACGACCACUCGAUCGCAAAUGCAAUAGAAAUAAUACGUAUCAGACACCGGUUGAUUCGAGACGCUGUCUACGUGUUGAUCAAUUUGUUCGCCAUACCCAUGGGCUUGUCGUUAUUUACUCUGUGUGUAAUGACGCUAUUCGACAUUUAUUACCAAGUUUUCAGCGUUAUGGGUGCCGAUUCGAGGUCGUUGAUAUUUAUUUACAUGUGGUUACUGCAAUACUCCAUCAGAUUUUAUAUAAUAGUAGUAUCAGCUCACAACACGACUAAACAGGCACUCAAAUCGAAAAUACUUAUAACAGAUAUAAACAAUCGUUAUUUAGAUAACAAUACUAAGGAAGAGCUACAACUUUUCCUCAAUCAAAUUUCCAGUUGUACAAUUGAAUUUACCGCUUGCGAUUUCUUCACUUUAAACACUCAUCUGAUCACAUCUGUAAGUUGGCCAUACGACUAUUCGACUAUAAAUUGUAUACAUUAUAUUAUAUAUACAUUUCAAAAGCAUUAUGUACCUAUACUAAAAACUAAUUUAUUCCACUCAGUAUGGAAAUGUUUUGGUUUAUUUUCAAUAUGUUUUGUUUGUAGGCAAUUGCAGCUGGCACGACAUAUCUCGUAAUUUUAUUACAAUUUAAUUCAGCAAACGAUUAAAAUUUUAC